AUGCACCACAUGCAGACACUGACUGCGCAGGGGAUCCGUAUGGGAUCCGUACUGGCGCAGGGGAUCCGCAUCGCAGGCAAACACGGGUCGCUGGCCGCGCUCACGAGCGGGCGCCAGACCGGGCCAGGACCGGAGGAGAGGACAGCUGGAGAGGACCGGAGGAGAGGACAGCUGGUGGUCGGCCAGUACCGCCAGACCGGGCCAGGACCGGAGGAGAGGACAGCUGGAGAGGACCAGAGGAGAGGACAGCUGGUGGUCGGCCAGUACCGCCAGACCGGGCCAGGACCAGAGGAGAGGACAGCUGGAGAGGGCCAGAGGAGAGGACAGCUGGAGAGAACCAGAGGAGAGGACAGCUGGUGGCCGACCAGCGGCGCCGCGAUGGAGGCCAACACCACGCCGGCGAACGGCGGCGGCGAGGCGCAGAACGACACCAACGGCACGCUCAUGCUGUACCCAUGGGGCGACUCGCUGUACCCGUCCGGCUACUCGACGCUGCGCAUUGUGCUGACGUCGAUCGUGGUGACGCUCAUCAUGGUGGUGGUGGUGGUGGGCAACAUGCUGGUGAUCAUCGCCAUCGCCACAGAGAAAGCGCUGAAGGGCAUCCAGAACUGGUUCAUCGCCUCGCUGGCCGUGGCGGACUUCAUGGUGGGCCUGAUCAUCAUGCCGUUCUCGCUGGCGCAGGAGCUGAUGGGCUACUGGCUGUUCGGCGAGCUCUGGUGCAGCCUGCACGCCGCCAUCGACGUGCUGGCCUGCACCAGCUCCAUCAACAACAUCUGCCUCAUCAGCCUGGACCGGUACUGGUCGAUUACACAGGCGGUUGACUACCUGAAGAGCCGCACGCCGCGGCGCGCCAUCCUGAUGAUCGCCUUCGUUUGGCUCUUCAGCGCGCUCAUCUGCAUCCCGCCGCUGCUCGGCUGGAGGAAGAAGCGCGUCCAAAGCGAGUUCCCCAAGUGUGAGCUGUCCGACGACAUCGGCUACGUGCUGUACUCGGCGCUCGGCAGCUUCUACAUUCCAUCCAUCAUCAUGAUAUUCGUGUACAUCCGCAUCUACUUCGCCGCGCGGAGCCGCGCGCGCCGCUACGUGAAGCGACGGCCGCGGGCUUGCCCGGUCUCCACCGCCGCCAUUACCGCAGCCGAAGUGCACCACGACCUGCCACCUAGCCACGACACCGACAGUCGUAAGUCGAGCGCCGGCAGCGAGGUGGCACCACCGUCGCGCGUUGGCAGCAGACGCUCGCCGCCACGCACGGCCAGCGAGCACUCGGCGCUGGCUGUGCUGCCAGCGGCGACGCCGGAAGCGAACGGCUUGCUGCCGGGGUCACCGCCGCGCCGCCAACCGGCCUCACAGGGGGGUGAGACGGAGCAAUCUUCGUCGGAGUCGGGUCAUCCGGGCAAGUGCACGGUGGUGCUGCCACUCAGGCGCCACUUCCGCGCCUCCGUCUGGGGGCGCAAGACGUCCAAGGCCAAGCGCGAGAUGAUCGACAUGGGCCGGCUGAAGCUGAAGAAGGAGCCGCCGCCGCCGCCGGAGCCGGUGGUGGAGCACGCAGUGCGCACGUACCGCGACACAGACCGCGAGAAACGGCGGAUCGCGAGGAAAAAGGAGAAACGCGCCACACUUAUCCUGGGCCUGAUCAUGGGCUCCUUCAUCGCCUGCUGGCUGCCCUUUUUCUUCCUGUACGUGUUGACACCGCUCUGCGAGAGCUGCCAGAUCGCCGACUGGGGUUUCGCCUUUGCCUUCUGGCUGGGCUACAUGAAUUCGGCGCUCAAUCCGGUCAUCUAUACCAUCUUUAAUAAGGACUUUCGGCGGGCAUUCAGAAGGAUUCUGUUUAAGUGAGCGGGACUCCUAGCGCCGGCGCCCGAGGUCGGCGUGGCGACGGCCCGGUGACCUUUGAGGACCACGGCAGGAGGUGAAGUCGAAGAAAACGUUCGGCCGAGUUGGAUCCCACCGGCCACCUCCCUGUGAUACGGUGGUGACGAAUUUUGCACAGUGAUGAAUCGUACAAAAGUGCUGCGCGCAGCUGUGUAGAGGCCGCCUGAUGUCGCUGCCACACAUCCGGCAGCAGUCGUAUUUAAGCUGGCAGCGGUACAGAUAUCGCCUGUCGUCGCUGUCCUACAACAGGCAGCUUGGGCAUAUGACUGGCAGCGCCGCUUUCCCUGUAAAGGUCAUUGCUUUAAUGUCGGCCGAGGCACCCUGACAACGACUAAUCUGUCGUAGCAGAGGAAUAACUUUGCUCUUGCGUGCAAGUCUCACGCAGGCCGGAAUGUUGUUGUGUUACCGGCACUGUACGAAACACCGGAAGUUGAUGUGCUUGUGCGUGUGCUUGUGCGUGUGAAUGUGCGUGUGCGUGCGCGUAAGCACGUGCGUGUGCGUGUGCGUAUGUGUGUGCGCGUGUGUACCUGUGUGUGCGUGUCACACCCAUAUUGGGCUGCCGUUGGUGGUUGUUUUAGUGGGCGUCACUCAAAUACGCUUGUCUUAGUUACCUGAGCCCUGUUUUCAGGUGUUGCUCGUGCGUGCGCACGGGCGCAAAAGUUAGUGGUGUACAUCAUCGGAGUAGAUGUUAUACACGUGCGUUUUCAAGCAAGGAGCACAUUCCACUCACGUUCUUCAUUUAUGCCUGCGUACUGCGUGUAACUUUGAUCUGUGGCAGUGCUGCAUCAGCUCUCUGAGCUCAUGAGCUCAUGAGCUCUCUGCCCACCAUCAAUCAUAGCAUUACUCCAAAAUAUCCCUCCAUCAGUUCCUGGGAAGAACUUGAAGCGACGACAUUUUUUUCCAAACCUUAUGUGUUGAAGAGAAUCAGAUGCGUGCAGUGCUUUUAGCCCUUACAUUUGAUAUUUUGUGCUUGCCAUUGACAGAAAAGCACGAAACGUUCGUAUGCUUCUUGUUGUAUGAAGGAAUGACACAGCCGCACGGAUGCUAUAAGUUUUUAAUGGUCAAGUUUUUACACUUAGGAAACAACACAUUCUGCGUAUUCAUACCAGGUCGACAUUUAGUUUCCUUGGAAUUCGCACAACGAGGCUUCGCCAAGCCAAAGGCAGCUGUUUCAACAAACGUUCGAAUUACAGAUGUAAAUCUGCGCGAAAGUUCGCUGCCGACUGGGAACGCGACCAUUCCAGAAAUUCAACGCUCGUCCUGUACCAAGAAAAACACGUCACUGGAUUUCCGCACGCAUCAGGCUUGACACAGAGCGUUUGGUAUUUCUUAGAACAAGUUUCGAGAAGACAAAAGUGUCAUUUAACUAGUUAAAGUUGAAAUGAUACUUGUGAUAUUGAGCGGAAGACACUUGUAUCAUCUUCGUGAUUAUACUUUGUCUCGUAAGAUGGCACGAUCAUGGCUCCGUCAUAGCAGAUCUUACAAGUGUGAAACCCUCAAUCAUAUCGGCUGCCCUACAAAGGAAAAGAAGCGUAACUUUUAAAUAAGAAGUCUCAGGUGAGCAUUUGUAGUUUUAAGACCUUCCAUGCCCCAAUGCAUGUACAUCACAUCGCUCACUUCGUUGUGUUUACACUAACUGGUGCAUAGUAUUUACUUUUUACCUGAUAUGAACAACUCAAAUUGACAAAAGCGCGCAUACUGGACGGGCUGAUGCACGCCUCGCCCUCGGCGACAUGGCGUUUGGCUUUUAACGUGAGCUGUAAACUACUAAGGAAGCUUACGAGUUGUUUGCAGGAAUAUAAAAAAAUGACGCCAGGUGAAGAUAACAUGUGUGAGAUGCAGUAAGGUGAUCUAUCUCAUGGCGUUUGCACGCAUUCAAUUUUAAAAAAGUGUAUCCUACCUUACUGAAGUCGGUGCAUUUUGUGUGCGUUUGGAAAACCAUAAAGGUGCUCGGCUAGGUGCUCAUAUCACAAAAGCUAUACAUGUUGCAGCAUCUCACUGAAGCCAACGGUAGAUACUACAACGCUGUUUGCAUUCCAAGGGACUAACUUGAUGAGUGAAAGUAAGAUUCAUUUGGGAGAUAUACUAAAGUCUCGACUCUCGUUUGGACACUAAACGUACAGUGGUCUGUUUUUCUGUCGGGCUCCAGACGCAAAGCAAGACAUUAUGAUAAAGAAGCCCGUGCUCACGUUGAUUUCUUGGUAGUAUACGGAACUCUUUUUAGGGGAAUUAAAUGCUUCGCAUUUUCAAAAAAGCAUGCUAAUUAUUCAGCCAAGGGAACCGUCAGCUGACAACGGUAUCAUUUUACAGCUGUCCAUCGGAGGCGAUGCGGGCAGUAGCUGUAGUGUCGUUAGAGAAACGCUCUGGUUCUGGGUGUUCUCUUUGAAUACCAUUCUGGCAUGCCGUUUGGAGCACCGAACAACCGAAAACUUUAGUAGUCAAUGUACGUCCAUAGCAUCUUUCAAAAAUGCACCCGACCGAAUCACUCGUUUGCUGGAGAUCGAAAUUGUAUGCUCAUAUGCGAACUUUUCCGCAUUAUGUGAAAUGAAUCCACGCUGACUGGGAAAGUGUGUGUGACCAGCUGUCCUACUCUUGCGUUUAAUGUCUAAGUACAGUGCCAAAGUCAUGUCUCCAAACGCCCCCUUGCUCUGGGAUGCACCCAAAGCACACGCUAACAGGCAGGGUUUACAGAGCAGAGGUCAACUGAUGUGUUUUACUUUCAGUGUUUACGCUUUAACCAGCACUUGUGUGUUAUACUUACCUCAUCGUCAGCUACUUGAAAACUGCAGGAUAACAUACUUCUUAAACUUCAUCGUUCGAUAAAACCAUACAUGUUGCACUCUAGCCAUAAAUCAGAUGUCAUAAAAUGCGCACAUUUUGUCUUGAUCCAUCGAUGUACAUGCCGAAUUGCGUAAAAUGCGCUUUAUAACGCUUUCGUCUUUGAGCCCACAUAGAUGACGUUAUAUUUUUACUGUCUUAGAGGUGAUUGCAAACUCAGUUUCUACGGUAACGUGUAAUAUUCUCCUGCAUAUCCAGCACCAAAGUCAUAAUAAGCCACCAAAGGCAAAACCACGAAAGCAUGGUUUUAAAUGCGCCAAAGUGUCGAGAGAGCUCCAAGCCACCUUCACCCCACAACGGGAACCAAGAGAGCCCUGCGUAGAACUCCUCUGUCGUCAACAAUUGUCUUGUAAAUA